GACUUUUCUUGCGCAUGGUUGCUGUUGCUGCUGCGUUUUUUGUUUUCGGAUAUAAUUUUUGUUCGAUUCGAUUCGUGUGGUGUGUGCUAAUUUAGAGUGAAAAAACUGCCUUUUGUUGUUUGUUGGUUUCGUUCUCAUCAUCAUCAUCUCAUCGUUGAGGUCGGCGUAGCGGAAAAGUAGCGAUCGUCGCUUUUUCAAUUUCCAAAAGCGCGCGUCCAUCCGUAUAUCUGUGUUCUCUCUUGCCGUAUUUGUGCCGUGUGUGUGUUCGUGUGUGUUUAAAAUUCUUUCGUUUUAAGCAAAAUUCCCCGCCGAAAUAUUACAUUAUUCGACUCGACUGCCGGUUUCCUUGCAAACUCUGACGCUUUUUACACCGAAAUCAGGAACUGCAGACCGCCUUGCUAGCAGCAGACGAGCAGAAGAAUGGCGAUCAUACUGCAAGAGGCCCAGGAGUGGUACAGGGAGCUCUUGGACAACAAGAGCGAUCCCCGUGUGAAAGACUUCUUUCUGCUCUCCUCGCCACUGCCGACCCUCGGAAUGUGCAUAUUCUAUGCAUAUUUCAGCAAAUCCCUGGGACCAAGGCUGAUGGCCAAGCGGAAGCCAAUGGAACUGCGGUCGGUGCUAGUCAUUUACAACGCGAUACAGACGAUAUUUAGCGCGUGGAUCUUCUACGAGUACUUAAUGAGCGGCUGGUGGGGCCACUACAGCUUUAAGUGCCAGCCAGUUGACUACGGCCACAGUCCCCUGGCCCUGCGGAUGGUCAACAUUUGCUGGUGGUACUACAUAUCGAAGUUCACCGAGUUCUUUGACACGCUCUUCUUCAUCCUGCGGAAGAAGAAUGAGCACGUAUCCACACUGCACGUAAUCCAUCAUGGCUGCAUGCCGUUCUCGGUCUGGAUGGGUCUUAAGUUUGCCCCAGGUGGCCACAGCACUUUCUUCGCCCUGCUGAACGCCUUUGUGCACAUUGUGAUGUACUUCUACUACAUGAUCGCAGCAAUGGGCCCCAAGUACCAGAAGUUCAUCUGGUGGAAGAAGUACCUGACCACCUUCCAAAUGGUUCAGUUCGUGGCCAUCUUCACGCACCAGUUCCAGCUGCUGUUCCGCGACUGCGACUAUCCCAAGGGCUUCAUGGUCUGGAUUGGCCUGCAUGGCGUGAUGUUCCUGUUCCUGUUCUCCGACUUCUACAAAGCCAAAUACCUGACUGUGACCCGUCGUCGCCGGCAGGCCGUCAAGGCCAACGGUCAUGCCAAUGGCCAUGGCCUGCACACAAACGGGCACAGCAAGCACUUGGGCAACGGCGAUGCACUGGUCGCCAACGGCAGCAAUAAGGGGGCCUGCAUGCCCGUGCUGGAGGACGAGUACGUGACGAGGAACGGGAACGGGAACGGGCAUGCCGGUGGCGGCGGCUUCGAGGAGGGCUUCUUCAAGGAGGGUGCGUUGUCCAGCAACGAGUCCAUCCUGAAUCCGGACAGCAGUAGCUCUAGUCUGCACCAGCGCAAAGUCAAAUAACUACUACUAAGAUUUACUACGAUGAUAUUCAUUAUGUUUACCGUUAAGUGCUAGCAUGUAACCGAACCAGAUUGAAGAACAAGACGGCCACGAUGCAGCUGCAGUAUGACCAUUGGAACCUGGCAAGGAACCUGGACCCGGGAGAACCAAUCGCUUUUUGAUCUGUUCUUUUAUUAACUUAUAAACAAAUACGUUUAAUACACAAAACAAUUCACCUCGGAAUCCCUUCGGAUCAACCGCAUUGUACCAAAUUGAACCGACACGAACCGAGUCAAACUGUCCUGCCGCCACCCCAUCCUACCCCAACCGAGCCUUCUAAACAGAACCGACUAAAGCUAAGGAGAAGGAGAAGGAUAAGGAGGAGAGCACACCGAACCGAGCUUUUUAUAAACGUUUUCUAUUGUGGCACAAAUUUACAAGCCCAGCCCCCACACGAUCCCAUCACAGACGCAGACACUCACUCGAAAGUCGACAGUCGACAGAGAAACAUAUAUUUUCGAAUGAUAUUUGUAGAUCCCCAAUGAAUCGCGAGACGUGUUCGAAACCAGCGACAGAACAGAUCCAUUUAUAUUGUAUUAGAUCCCCCUACCCAAGCAAAUACCCAUUACCACUAUACACACACACACACACACACACACCCACACACACACACACACCCACACACACACUAAAGAUAUGUAUACAGAUAUACUCGAACGGGCGACACACACACUCUAGUUGUAGACUUUUUUACGGCAAUUUUUGAUAACAGUCGAGACGUAAUCCUAACGAUAAACGAUAACUAAACUGCUCUUAGGUCUGCUUUAAACUUAAAGAACACGUUAAACUAUUUGUAGCUUGUUUUUGUAUAUUGAGGAGCGAGGAGCCAGGAGCGAGGAAUGUAGAGAAGGGAAGGAAGAGCCUUUUUGUUUGUUGCAAUACUUUGUAAAGGUCUUAUAGUAAAACUUAUGUAUGAAUACUGAUAAGUAUAGUGCUUGAGAAGUAGUUAGCUAGCCAAUUGCGAAACGAGACACACGAUCCCCAGCCUAUGUGUAGCACAAGCACAAGAGCUAACUGAGCAAUCAAACAGAUAGUUAGAUAGAUAGACAGACGGACGGACAGACAGACAGACCAUGGAGAUAAAGCUUUUAGACUGUAAGUGCAAAACGGCUUGAGGAGCAGACAAUCAGUUUUUUGCGUUGGGCGCCAGCGGUGCAGACGAAGAACAAAAGUUGUCGACUAUUCGUUUUUAUUGGACCUCAUUUGGUGUGGCUUAUGUAUACUCGUAUGUUUUGUAAGUGUAGGCCUUACGACUACUUAUUGUAUUAAAUUCCCCAUUCCCCACUUUGGUUUGAAGUUGUUAGCUAAGCGGUUUCACUUCGGAGAAGAGGAGCGAGGAGGUUAGUGUUCGAGAAGAUCUAUUCGUAUGUGUAACUGUCUGUUAAUCUGUGCGUAACGUAACGUAACGUAACCUAGCGAAACUUAACGUAUCGUACUGUAUUGUAUUUGAUUGGUUUCUUUAUUAAGUUAUGUGGUUUAAGCUGACAAGUUCAAAAACUAUGGAAAACCUGAAUAAAGCUUAUUAAUUUAUA